AUGAACGACGAUGACAUCAUAAUUGCAAUUGAGGAGCGGCGGUUCGCUCUGGCCAAACGCGAAUUGGACAGAAAACUAAAACGCUUCCCCACGAAAUCCUUCUACAAGGCUGCAUCGGCCUUCUGUGCCUUUACUAUGGGCGACGCCGUUAAAGCCACCGAUGACGCUACCGCUCUUGCCAAAACCAUUCCGAGCGAUCCCCGCACAUUGAAGCUCUUGAAGACCAUUUUCGAAGGUGUUGGCAAACAAAGAGAUGCAAUUGACGUCUACGCGAACGCCGUACGGAAGUACCCCAAUGCGGAAUUACUCGAAACAUGGUACGAUGAUUCGUUCAUGGCCUUUGAUACGCCUCUGAUGCUCAACUCAGCAAAAGCGUUGUAUUUGUUCUCGAAAUCUUCCGCUGAUUACGUCAGCAAGUUCGCCAUGGCUCAGCUCAUAGCUGGCGGUUCCGCCGAAGAUAUUUCGCUUGCAGUUCUGGCAUUGCACGACUGUGACUUGGAGAGGGAUAGUCACUUCUACUUUUUGGUGGGCCUGUUGCACAGUCAAUUGGAUGAGCAUUCCAAGGUCAUUGCGUUGCUCAACCCCUAUCUGCCCAGAAACCUUGACUUGACAAUUCUCUAUCUCGACUCCUUGAAAAAGAACCUGGACUGGCAGGACCUCUUCGAAGAGUGCUCUCGUCUCAUCUUCGAGCAGAAUUUCGAUGAUUACGAUAGCUGGAAGCUUUUGGUCACUGCCGCGUUCAAAUUGGGUAAACCAAAAGAUGAGCUUGCCAGUCUUAUAACCCAAUCCUCUCGUAAUGCACUCCUUGCAACCAUAUACAUGAAUGUGACAUAUGGAGAUGAUCCAUUGGAGUCGAUUGAAGCUUAUUAUGAAGCCUUCAAGACAAAGCCUUGUUGCUUCGCAGACUUGAGCGCCUUCGAAUUACCCGAGAAGUUCGUUCAAGUAUUGAUGAAUAAACGCGAUCUUUUCAAAAAUCACUCCAAACUCACUGAGGAAGAUAUCGCUGAGUACAGAAACCUUGAGGUAUAUUGUUCUCAGGUGAAAGCAGAUCCCUUGCAAACCUCAAUUGAAUCCAACCUUGAACUCUCUGAUUUCGCCUUGAGGGAUAUUGUGCAAUCACUCAAUACUAAAGUGGCUUCACCUGGCUUAAUUAAAUAUGUCAUGUGUUUAGAAAGUCUUUCGCAAAAGGAUCCAGAAAAUUUCUGGUUCAAGAGCUGGCUAUUGAACUUGUACAACAUGUUGGGUAUAUCGCCUCUCGUUUCGGCGAACUACAAAGAUCUCAAAAUUAAAAUGAUCCAACACGAUACGAUUUCCUAUAAACUUUCAUUGGAUCCCUCUCUAGCCAAUCUUAAACAGCUCAUUGAUAUUUAUAGGUUCUAUCUUACCAGUGACGCCGAAGUCAACCAUUUCUUGAGCAAAGCAAAGGCUGAGGGCCUUUACACGCAAAUCAAGGAUCUCUAUCAGUUUGGCCAGAAGUUGCAGUUCUCGCUUUCCAAACAUUUGUUAAUCGCCAAAAUUCUUAAAAUGUCGCGGAUGCUCAAUAACGACAAUUACUCCUAUUUUGUGAACAUCAUCAACACAAAUAAAUGGAAAUACUUGAGCGAUAAUUUCGAGACAUUCGACAACAGAGAUUUCGAAGUUGACUACAAUUUUCAAUUUAAGAUUGCUCGCCUGGAACUCUUUGCUGGCGAGAUGAGUCAAACAACAAAAUAUGUCCAGCUCCUUUACGCAAAAGAGCUACUUUUGUCAUCCAACGAUGAAGACCUUAACUUGAAAUUAGUCAAAUUAUUUGAGAAAUGGCUCAGCCAAAAAUCAUACCGCUCCACGUUGUCUGACCUAGAACUUCAGGUCUUGAAAAUCCAUUUGGCUUUGUUCAAAGUAUGCAAGAUUGCUCCUACAAAGGACAGAACGGACCAGUUGAACUUCUUGGUGAAGCAACUAGACUUCGGUAAGUUCAAGAAGUCUUUCCUCGACCAGGCUGAUCCCUUGUCUAAACGCUACAGGGAAACGAUUACAGAAUUGGUCGAAUUGAAAAGAAAUUCAAGAGCUCUUUGCAAAGAAUCUCGUGUGGUCAGCGCUGUUAAGCAGUUCAAGACAGAUUUGAGGGGUUUUCUUGAAGAAGACACACCAAAGAAGGCAUUGAAGGAGAUCAAAACAUCCUUCGACAAAACCCAUCUUGGUGAAAGCUUUGUUGAGCAGCAAUUCAAGCGUAUUGAAGACUCAUUGCACACUUUUGACGUCUAA